AUGAUGAAUAUGGAUCAAGAUUGGCUUGAACCAAUUUCUGUGGUCAAUCUUGAAGAGGAGCAUGAAUCUCAUCCAUGCAAACAACAAGUCCUCACUAACACUCAUCAUCAUCCUCACCAACAUUCACAUCGAUCCAGUUAUACAGGAACUCUUCAUCCGACCUUCAUUGAAGACUCAUUAAGGACAGCCUUGAAUCGAGCAAUCUCCCAUUGCUCAUUACAUCAUCUUGGAGAAGAAUGGCUUCAGGAACAUGUUCAAACACAUAUUCUAUCUUCCAAUCAUUCGGAAUUUCCAAAUCUCAUCUUGAAUUCAUCUCAGAAAGAUCUCACUCAUCAUUCCCAAAUCAAAUACUCCAUCUUCCUCAAAAUGAGAAGAAUGAAUCAUCAUGUCGCUCCUCAUUCACAUAUUCAUUGCAAAAAACCAUGUCAUGAACAUAUUGUACAAUCGAGUGGAUCUCUCCAUUUUGUAAAACCAUUUCACACGAGUUCUAAUUCGUUAUCGAGUGUCCAUCAUACGACACGAACUUCAUGGAAAGACAAGAUGAUCCAAUUUGUUUCAAGUGAAGAUUUUGGAAUGACUUCCAUGAUGAUAUGUCCACCCUUGUUAUUGGCUCAUUGGUAUGCCACUUAUCAAAGAGAUAGUCCAGUAUUGAAUUGUGCUCAAUACGUUGAAUGUGGAUGGUGCAUUACUCAAAGCUUGAACUCUCUCAAUGACCAUCAUACUCCAACGAGUAGUAGUUGGUAUUUAGAAAAGAUUGCCACACUGUACAAAUAUCCUCGAAAAAUUGAAAAGAAGCUCUCCAAAUAUUCUUCAAGCGAAUUACAAGAAAUGUUUCCAACUUGUAUUUCAGUAUUAAGAGUGCCUUUGGAAAGAAUGAUUCAGAACGGUUUGAAUAUUGAAAUAUCGUCGCAUCAUGAUGAAGAAGGUCAUUCAUUGGUGUAUAAUGUCCAUUGUGGUGUAGAUUUGAUUUUGUGUCAAUUCACACAAGAAGAGUUUGCAGUCAAGACUUGUCAAGUGUUGCAUUCCUUAUUGAAAAGUGUGAUCGAGGAUGGAAUUCGGAAAACUAUUCCUGAUAUUCAAUACGAUAGCGACAUGAUCAGACAGCAAAGGAUUCAUCAUCGAAAUUCAUGUCCACCUGCUAUGGAGAAAAAUUGUUCCUCCUCCUCAUCAACCACGGAGAAUGUGUGUCAUCUUCAUACACGAGUGAGAGGAGCUUCCAAUGCAAGUUCGAAUUAUAUUUCUUUGUAA